CAUGUGGUCCAGCAUUCGGAACGGGUAGGACUCAACCUCAAAAUGAUACAUCCGUCUGCUAUGGCCUGGAAUAUUCCAGCAACAGCGGAGAGAGAGUGAAGAGGGAGAGAUCGAUAGGUGAGUCGGAAUGGACGGGAACGGCGGGGGUAGGGGCUUGCUGUGGAACCUCCCGGUGUUGAAAUCCAAAGAUUUCGGGAAGCUUGGACCCGGUAUCGGAUAUGGCGCCGGCUGCGGUGUCGGCGUCGGUAUCGGCCUCCUCGGAGGUGCGGGCAUAGGUGCUGGAUUUCCUGGUUUACAAUUUGGAUUUGGACUUGGUGCUGGAUGUGGAAUAGGUAUUGGGUUUGGUUAUGGUGCGGGAAAAGGAAUUGCAUAUGAUGAGAACCGAAGAUAUACAAAUGUGGGGAAGCUAUUCCACGGGAGAGGAAACAUUCCACCUGAGCAACAGAUUGAAGCCCUGGUUGAUGAGCUUAUUGAGAGUACCAAAAAGCUAAUCAAAGCGACUUCAAGAGAGAUCGACAAAUGGAGGUGAAAUGAGCUCUAGGAAAAUUGGAAGUACAUAUUAUUGUAUUGAAGACUACAUUUCCUUGACCCACCUAGUGCAUGUAACGAAGUACUGAUGCAGAAGUCUCAGGUUGAAAACAUUUUCAGAUACCAUUUUUUAUUGGCAGCUCAAAAUUCUUCGACGUUCA